UCGUUAAAUUUGAUAAUAUUUUGUCCGAGUAAUAAAGUCCCUUUAUUCUCCAGCGGACUUUUGCUAAAGUGGACAUUUUCUGGAUCUAUGCCAGCCCUCGAACUAUGACUAAAAUCUCUAUGUUUUCCAAUCGAUAGGUAAUAUACUAUUAGCAUUAGACUUCUCAACAUUUUUAAGUAUGCUAACUCCUACAACAACUUUCUAUACGUUCCAGAUAGAAUCUUCUCAGUAUUUCAGAAAUGCUUCUCUCCGAAAAAAAACUCUUUCCAGGAAUCUCAAAGGAUUCUCAUAAGAAUCAUUACCAAGUUCUUUUUUGUUGCCUAUGAAACUAGGAGAACCUUUCGCUUGUUUAGAGCAUGUUAGAGAAAGACAUUCUCGAAAUUUUUAUGAAGUUCUUUUCGAAGAAGAAGAAUUUUUUUAUUCAUAGAUAACGACGAUAACGAUUCUUUUUCUCGUUCAUUGUAGUAAUUCCCAAUAUUCCAGCCAAUGCCCGAUGGGCAGAGAAUGGUGUGACCGUUGCUGGAGGCUAUGGAGAAGGCGAUGCCACAAAUCAACUCUAUUGGCCUGGAGGUCUCUUCGUUGAUGAUGAUCAAAUGAUUGUCAUCGCUGACUACUCGAAUAAUCGUAUCAUCCAAUGGAAGAUUGGUGAUACGAAUGGAAAAGUGGUAGCUGGUGGCAAUGGCGCAGGAAAACGAUUGGAUCAAUUGAAUGGUCCAAUCGAUGUGCUGAUCGACAAAGAGACUGAUAGUCUCAUUAUCUGCGAUUGGCAGAAUCGGCGAGUCGUGCGAUGGUCUCGUCGCAGUGGCACAACUCAAGGAGAAAUCCUCAUCGACAAUGUCGAUCCUUGCAGAUUGGCCAUGGAUGAUCAGAGAUAUCUCUACAUCUCUGAUACACAAAAAUCUGAAGUAAGACGAUAUCAAAUAGGAGACAAGAAUGGAACUCUCGUGGCUGGUGGCAAUGGCAAAGGUGCUGGUCUCAAUCAACUCAACUAUCCGACCUACAUCUUUGUCGAUCAACAACAGACUGUCUACGUGUCAGACAACUGGAAUCAUCGUGUGAUGAAAUGGAAUAAAGGUGCAAAAGAAGGAAUUGUCGUCGCUGGAGGUCAAGGCCAAGGGAAUGCUCUGACACAAUUGAAUUAUCCUAGUGGACUGUUCGUCGAUACGUUGGGUACCAUCUAUAUGGCAGACUCGUGGAAUCAUCGAGUGGUGCGUUGGCCUAAAGGAGCGAAACAAGGCACUGUCAUUGUGGGUGGAAACGGUAAAGGAGAAGGAGCAAAUCAGUUCAGUCGUCUCGAGGGUUUGUCCUUCGAUCGACAAGGCAAUCUCUACGUCGUCGAUGGUGCUCUCUUCGGAAAUAAUCGUGUUCAACGCUUUUCUAUCGAAUGA